AUGGAAGAAGACCCAAAUGACAUUUACGACUCCUUGCGCGAGGCGCAUGAGCAGUACAUCGACGAUCUUCUUCCUAAGGAUUCUGCCGAUAGCUGCCCAUAUGCUGGAUCCUUAUUGCAUUCAACGUCAAGUGCGGCGACCCCGUCGUCGUCCAAUUCCACGCGACCUAUAUCAAGCUUUACAGGUCAGCCGCAGUUUAACAUCGAAUCAGCCACUCAAUUACUAGAGGCUUUUCGAAAGAUGCAGCCAUACUUUCCUCUUAUCAGCCUGCCAGAGGACGCUGAUGUUGCCUCACUGGCGAAGGAUCGCCCAUUCGAGCUCCUUGCCAUUCUUGCUUCAGCCACUGGGUCCAAGUCGCUUCAAGGGCACAGUCUCUACGACGAAGAGUUUCGCAAGAUUCUGGCUCUGAAAUUUGUUGCCGGUGGGGAGCGCACGCUAGACCUCUUACUUGGCUUGCUAAUUUACUGCGCAUGGUAUCCAUUUCAUCUACGCCCUAGGAGCAAACAGUUAACUCAAUAUCUGAGAAUGGCCACCGACAUUGUCCAUGACUUGGAGCUAGACCAGCAACCAGAGGAAGAUCAGUUUGUCCAACCCACAAUAGAUGAAGAACGGUCCCGUGGUCUCAGAGCCUACCUGGGUUGUUUCUACCUUGUUUCGGGUAGAGCCAAUAUGUGGUCCAAGCAAACUUCAAUGCCCUUCACUCCUUGGACAGCUGCCUGCUGUGAAAUGCUCGAGAAUGCCGCUCUACUUCCAAGCGACAGGGCAUUUACAUGGAUGAUCCGCUUCCAGCAUAUGAACGAGGGCGUGAUGGGGCUCCGAAAACUUGAAAAGGAUGCCUCUCAGGAUGAGUAUCAAAUCAAGCUACUGGUCAAGGGUAUGGAGUCUCAGAUACGGGAAUGGACAGGCAAAAUAUCCAGAGAAGUAUCAUCCACAGUGACCUUGACAUUGUGCAGACUUUUCACUGAGACUUUUCUCUACGGAGCGCCACUACUUAAGUUUCCGACGCCCAGAUCCGCGUCGGGUGUCGUCGAGGUGAUCGAUGUUCAGAGGUUGGUACAAGCAGUAUCACCUCUUCAACAGUUUCUAGACCGCUGUGUAUCACUGCCGCUGUCUGAGUUUGGGAACUUCUGUAGCUUGGACUGGGGCCGGCUCAUCUGUUCCAUCAUACUCUGCUUUCGCUUGUCGUUCCCGCUGGAGAAAUGCCCGCAAUGGAAUGCCACUGCUUUCCGGCAGAGAGUGAACUUCGAGUACUACUUGUCACGACUGUGUCAAGAUGAUGAGGGCUCCGCCGGUCAUCAGAGCCUCACGCCCACUACAGCUCGAACUGCCGACGUUCGAUCCGCAAGCCAGGUCAUCCUUGAAGUCGUCAGGCGCAAGUUUCAAAAGCGCAUGGAGCUUCUUAUGGCAGCGCCUCCCAGCGCCCAGCCUAUCUCGUCCGCCAACCUGGACCGCACCAUGAAAGGCUGUCCUGUUCUAGACGGCAGUCUAGAUCAGUACUUUCAAGUCUGGGACGAGACUUUCGUGGAUCCAAGCAUGGUAAUGCCAGCGGCCUCGGAUGAGAAAUCCGCGAAUCCUCCAACUGGCCAACCCGCGGUGUUCCAUGACCUGUGGGCGACAAUGACUAUGAGCUGGGCAGAUGACGGAUCUGACAACAUGGAUAUGAACUUUGGCUCUCAAUGA